AUGGAGAAGUUGCCGAAGCAGAUCUUUGAUACUAAAUUGAUUAUCAUUUUAUUCCUCGUGUUCCACGGAGCUGCUGUGUCUCUCUGUGGAAUUGAAAUUUCAUCUUAUACACGGAAACGAAUGUUUCAUGCUGCUGAAAAUCGCGCCCUACGAGAUUUUGCAUAUACAAUCCAAACUGUGCGAUCUCGUGUCAUCUGCGGACGGGAAUGCAGCAUGGAUGAACGUUGCAAGUCGUUUAACUUUAACGACUGCAAUAAAAUGUGCGAGUUGAACCUUGCCACAAGACGAGAGCAUCCCGAAGACUUCAAUGCAACUCAAGGGAGUGUGUACUUUGAUGCAGAUGAGAACACACCUCUCUACUCACUGACUGAUAUCCCCAUGAAUCACCACAAAAGUUGCAAGAUGCUCUUAGAUGCCGGUUAUUGUUCAAGCGGUAUCUACACAAUCUACCCAGAGGGAGUCGAUAAUGGUAGUCUAUUUGUCUACUGUGACAUGGAAACUGACGGCGGGGGAUGGAUCGUGUUUCAGAGGCGACAAGAUGGCAGCGUGGACUUCUACCGUAACUGGGCUGAGUACCAAUCUGGCUUUGGCGAUCUGCCCGGUGAGUUCUGGUUAGGAAAUGACAACUUGGUGACUCUUACGUCUGAUGAUUCACAUGGAACAUGGGAGCUACGAGUUGAUUUAGAGGACUGGGAGGGCAACACGGCAUGGGUAAAGUACUCGGAUUUCCAAAUAUCCCCGGGUGAGUACAAUCUGACUAUUGGCCGAUUCGAUUUCAGCAGCACUGCUGGUGACUCUCUUGGGUGGCACAUGGGACGUCCCUUCUCAACAAAGGAUCGUGACAAUGAUGAGACAUGGUUCAAUUGUGCCCAAUCCAACUCAGGAGCCUGGUGGUUUAGGGAUUGUUUUUCCUCUCACUUGAAUGGUAAAUAUUACCCAGAUAAUAAUGAAGGUGAAAACAAAGGCGUGCAAUGGCGUUCAUGGAAGGGUUCUUAUUCUAUGAAAGCAUGUAGCAUGAAAAUGCGCGAAAUUGCACCACCAAUAUAAAUUUCAUAGUAAUUGUUUUAAUGUAAAUCAAUGAUGAUUGUACAGUCACCAUCAUCUUUCACCAUUUCUGUAAUAAAUUGGCAUGACUUGAUUGGUUGAUAAUCUGUUCAAAAACAGUUUUAUUAAUGAGAGUGCACGUGCACAUGCAGUGCCAUACAUCUCUCUUCGGAUUGUUCCGCCUCUCACUUGAAUGGUCGAUAUUACCCAGAUGAGAAUGCAGGUAGUAACAAGGGCGUGCUAUGGUGUUCAUGGAAAUCCUGUCGUUAUUCUCUGAAAGCAUGUAACAUGAAAAUCCGUGAAAUUCGACCAUGAAUAUAAUUGUCGUGAUACAUUUGUUAAAUUGACCCAUGUAAAUUAUGGAUGAUUGUAAAGUUAUGAUAAUCUAUGA